AUGGAUCACAACAGCUCGGACUAUGCCACAUGUGAAUCGAUUGCUCGAAGCCGCCCUUGGUUUGAGCACUGGCACAAGAUGAUGACCAACUGUGCACAGACUGGUCCAGUUGUUCUUCUCACUGGUCACCCAUAUGAUGCCACCCCUGCCUCCUCUCAGAAUAACUCGGUUGAUGCUGAUGUGAACAUGGAUGAUGCCACCACCCCAGCUGCUGCUUCAUCUUCAUCCUGCUCACCCUUCUCUUCCUCAUCCAACCCGUCUUUGAUUGGCCCCACCCCCUUCACCAUUACCCCUAUAGACACUCCAACCCACCAGUGCUCAUCCAGCACCGCUUUUGAGGCUGAUGAAGUGGAUGAUGGUGAUGGUGACUCUGUUUACCAUUCUCCAGCCACAGGUACAACACCCAAGAAGUCUCGACCCUUCACUUCCAAGAGCAAGCGAGAAGAGCUGUCGGAAAUUGUGCAGGCCUGCACCCAAGACAUGCUUCAGGCACAAAUCAAGGUUGAGGAGGAAUGCACGAAGAGGGAGGAAAUGUGCAUUCAAUUUGCCAGGGAAGAAAGUGAGAGACAAGAGCACAUGCAAACUGAAGAGCGUGGUUGGCUCAUGGAGAUGGUGCAGAUGAUGAACCCUAAUCUACCCUUUGGCAACAUUGCUGGAAGUAGUCAAAGCAAUCUUGAUCUUGACCCACUGGUUCUUGCCAUGGAUCAGCAGGACAAUAGUGAUUCAGCUCCUUUGGACUCUCUUUCGGACCACAUCAUCCUCUCCUAUUUCUGGCCCUCUACUUCAACCAUGGUGCACACUUCCGACAAACAGCACCUCCUGGAUGACAUUGAGACCACCAUCAUGCACUCAUUGAUGGUGGAAUCCAAGAUGCAACUUGAUCUGAUGGAUGUCGAUGCCACUUGGCACCCUAAUGAUGACCUUGAAGAUUCUGAUGAUGACAUGUUUGAUCAUGCUAUCUCAUUCAUGCUCAUCAGGACUUACGACAUCAUCAGCCAGUCUCGAUACACAGUUGAAUGCCUUCAACUGCUGCAACGAAAGGAUCCCCUCAUCAACAUGCUUGAUCGAUAUGCUGUCAUCAACCGCAAGCUCUUUCGAGGGGCUGUUCACAUGACCCCAGAUGCAUUCCAAGCUCUCACUUACAGACUCAGCACAACCAAUGCCUUCAGAUCAAUAUCAAGCUUUCGUUGGGGCUCAGUUCAUGUGUGGACAGAUAGGACUAUUGCAGGCCUAUACGAGCUGAACAGUGAGGUAGUAACCUUUGCAACUGAAGAUGAGUGUGCUAAGGCAAAAGCAUGGGUUGCUGAUAAGAGUGGAGUCGAGGAAUGGUCUAGAGGAUGGUUGGUGGUAGAUGGUACACACAUCAAUCUUGCUUGGAAGCCAGCACUCAAUGCUCGCGAGCAUUACUCAUACAAGGGUGAUUAUACAUUCAACAUUGCCCUUGUCUUCCUCCCUCAUUCCUUGCACAUUGUCGAGUCAGUGGUUGGACAUCCUGGGUCAUCACAUGAUGUCAACACUGCAGUUGCAAAGAGCAGAGAUCUCCACUACUUCAACUAUUCACUCUCCUGCAUUUGUGUCAAGGCUGAACAUGGCAUUGCCUACCUCAAGAACCGCUUCCAAUGUCUCAUGGGAUUUCGAGGCAACCUGUAUCGAGAAGAGGACCACGAGAAAGCUGCACAUAUGGUCCAGGCUUGUAUCAUUGCACAUACAUUUGCAAGCUGUUAUGAUCAACCAGAUGAGGUGGCAGAAUACCUUAAGGCAUCAGAAACUCUAUCUGAAGCUGAGGUGCUGGAGACCACAUCAGGGAUGGAAGCAUAUCAGCAGGCUACCAAAGAUGCAAGGAUACAAUGA